GAAGGCGGCGCGGCGUGGAGCGGCCCCGGGGCGGGCGGUGACCCCAGGGCCACGCUGCCUGGUCGGGAGCCAAGGCGAGGGCCGCGCGGGGCGGGGACGCUCUGUCCCCUGGGAGGCGCCGCGCCGCGGGCCCUGGGCGCGCGUGGGAAAGGCUCGCGGAGAGUUGGGAGGACCCGAGGCCGGAGCCGGGUGACGGGGAGGGAGCAGCGUGCCUGGCGGGCGGAUCCCCGAAGCCCGCGGACUCGGGGCGCAGCCGGGGCGCCCGCCGGGCUCCUGCGCGCUGGGGCUGCCUCCGGGCGAGCUUCGGGGAAAGGCCCGAGCCGGCGCCGGCCGCGGGGCCGGGGGUGAUGGUGGGGGCGCCGGUCCCGGCUCCGGGCUGGGCUCCCACCCGCCGGGCUCCCACCCGCCGGCGCGAGGCCGCCGCUGUGCGGGGCGCUCCCCGCCAGGGGGCGGCUUGGCGCGGGGCGAGCGGGCGGCGGGGGCGCUAGGGGCGCGGGCUCCGGGCGCCGCCUCACCUGGGCGCGGCGUCGCCCCCCGCGCUGCUGAAGUCCCGGGCCCGCCGGGCCGCGCGGUGCGCACCUCGCUCCCCACGUCUGCUAUGUUGCCCUUUGGAGACAGAACGAGAGAGAUGGUCAACGCCUGGUUUGCUGAGCGAGUCCACACCAUCCCCGUUGGCAAGGAAGGCGCCCACAGCCGCGUGGAGUCCUGCCCGUGCCCCCCGCAGCACAGCCCCCGCGCCGAGGGCAGCACCCCGGGCACCCCCACCCGCAAAAUCUCCGCCUCGGAGUUCGACCGGCCGCUCCGGCCCAUCGUGGUGAAGGACUCGGAGGGCGCGGUCAGCUUCCUCUCGGACGCGGACAAGAAGCAGCAGAUGCCGCUCACGCCCCGCCGGUUCGACCGCGACGACGGGGACCAGUGCGCCCGGCUGCUGGACCUGGUGAAGGACAUCGCCAGCCACCUGGAUGUCACCGCGCUGUGCCACAAGAUUUUCCUGCACAUCCACGGCCUCAUCGCCGCCGACCGCUACUCGCUGUUCCUCGUCUGCGAGGACAGCUCCAACGACAAGUUCCUGGUCAGCCGCCUCUUCGACGUGGCCGAGGGCUCCACCCUGGAGGAGGCGUCCAGCAGCUGCAUCCGCCUGGAGUGGAACAAGGGCAUCGUGGGGCACGUGGCCGCACGGGGCGAGCCCCUCAACAUCAAGGACGCCUACGAGGACCCUCGCUUCAACGCAGAGGUUGACCAGAUCACCGGCUACCGGACACAGAGCAUCCUCUGUAUGCCGAUUAAGAACCACCGCGAAGAGGUUGUCGGCGUCGCCCAGGCCAUCAACAAGAAGUCGGGAAACGGCGGGACAUUCACUGAGAAAGAUGAGAAGGACUUCGCCGCGUACUUGGCAUUUUGUGGGAUUGUUCUUCACAACGCACAACUCUACGAGACAUCGCUGCUGGAGAACAAGAGGAAUCAGGUGCUGCUUGACCUGGCCAGCCUGAUUUUUGAAGAGCAGCAAUCCUUGGAGGUCAUUCUGAAGAAGAUCGCUGCCACGAUUAUCUCCUUCAUGCAGGUGCAGAAGUGCACCAUCUUCAUCGUGGAUGGAGACUGCUCCGACUCCUUUUCCAGCGUGUUCCACAUGGAGUGUGAGGAGCUGGAGCGAUCAUCCGACACUGUGACAAGGGACCGGGAUGGGAGCCAGAUCAACUACAUGUACGCUCAGUAUGUCGCCAGCACCAUGGAGGCGCUCAACAUCCCCGACGUCAGCAAGGACAGCAGAUUCCCCUGGGCGAAUGAAAACAUGGGGAACAUAAGCCAGCAGGGCAUUCGAAGUUUGCUUUGUACGCCUAUAAAAAAUGGAAAGAAGAAUAAAGUGAUAGGGGUUUGCCAGCUCGUGAACAAGAUGGAGGAGAACACCGGCAAGGUGAAGCCAUUCAACCGGAACGAUGAGCAGUUCCUGGAAGCUUUCGUAAUCUUCUGUGGCCUGGGGAUCCAGAACACGCAGAUGUAUGAGGCGGUGGAGAGGGCCAUGGCCAAGCAGAUGGUCACGUUGGAGGUCCUGUCCUAUCACGCCUCGGCCGCGGAGGAGGAGACCCGGGAGCUGCAGGCCUUAGCGGCGGCCGUGGUGCCCUCUGCCCAGACCCUGCGGAUCACCGACUUCAGCUUCAGCGACUUCGAGCUGUCGGACCUGGAAACUGCGCUGUGCACCAUCCGGAUGUUCACCGACCUCAACCUGGUGCAGAACUUCCAGAUGAAGCAUGAGGUCCUCUGCCGGUGGAUCCUGAGUGUGAAGAAGAAUUACCGGAAGAACGUGGCCUACCACAACUGGAGACACGCCUUCAACACGGCGCAGUGCAUGUUCGCCGCCCUGAAGGCAGGCAAGAUCCAGAGCAAGCUGUCGGACCUGGAGGUGCUGGCCCUGCUGGUCGCCGCCCUGAGCCACGACCUGGACCACCGCGGCGUGAACAACUCCUACAUUCAGCGGAGCGAACACCCGCUGGCCCAACUGUACUGCCACUCGACCCUGGAGCACCACCACUUUGACCAGUGCCUGAUGGUCCUCAAUAGCCCGGGGAACCAGAUCCUCAGUGGCCUCUCCAUCGAAGAGUAUAAGACCGCAUUGAAGAUCAUCAAGCAGGCGAUUCUGGCCACAGACCUGGCCCUGUACAUUAAGAGGCGAGGGGAGUUUUUUGAACUUAUAAGGAAAAACCAGUUCAACUUAGGAGACCCGCACCAGAAGGAGCUGUUUCUGGCGAUGCUGAUGACCGCGUGUGACCUCUCUGCCAUCACGAAGCCCUGGCCCAUUCAGCAACGGAUCGCAGAGCUUGUGGCGGCGGAAUUCUUUGACCAAGGAGACAAAGAGAGAAGAGAACUCAACAUAGAGCCUGCGGACCUCAUGAACAGGGAGAAGAAGAACAAGAUCCCGAGUAUGCAGGUGGGCUUCAUCGACGCCAUCUGCCUGCAGCUGUAUGAGGCACUGGCGCACGUGUCCCCUGACUGCUCCCCCCUGCUGGAUGGCUGCAGGCACAACAGGCAGAAGUGGCAGGCGCUGGCUGAGCAGCAGGACACACUGGUCAACGGGGCUGGCGGCCCCGCCCCACGCAGCUGACCGCCUGGGCCCCGGACGGGAUGCUGGCGACCGUGGUCUGCACGGCCCGGCCUCGCUGGAUGCUGCACAGGCUGCGUGUGCCCUUCCACGGUGUCCUGGUGUGUUUGCACAGCUUCUGAGAGCACAGCGGGGACUUUUCAGGGGGCGGUCCCGCCUGCCUGUGUGUGUGUGCUGCCCACUGAGCUGAGGCUCGCUAAGCACAGGACCGCCCCACCCCACCACGGGACCGACCCCCCACCGCAGGUCCACGCAGGAAUUGGUGCUGAGAGUGCGGGCUGCGUCUCGCGUUCAGUUGGCUGUUUGGCUUGGGAAUUUUAAGUGAUUGGUUUUGUGGUUUUGGAAUCGCCGACCUUUCAAGAAUGUUUGGAAUCUUUUAUUUCUCAAAAAUAGGCCCAGAGCAAAUGGAAUAUAUUUCGUGACACGUAAAACCUUCGUAAGAUAGAGAAAAGUUUGGGCUGCGUGGAUGUGAAGGGGGGAGGGGUCUAUUUGUCAACAACGUAUUAUGUUAAAAAAACAGUUAAAACUCCCAAGCAAUGGAAAGUGCUGCGGGCAGAAUUGUUUCACUGACCAUCGCUGAUCUUAUCAACAGGCAGUGUGACCCAGAAACACUACGGUCACCAGUUCUGCCCCUUUCUUGUGUGUAACUCCCUCAGCGUUUAUCAUCGGUUCAUCAUACAGCAUAGUUUAUAGGGGGCCGGUUUGCACCCCAGUGGGAAAACAAGAACCAAGUGGCCGUUGGAGCCCAGAGCUGGCGUGAGAUGUGACUGCCAAUAGGAGAGCGCAGCAGAAGGCCACCUGGACAUGGGCUGGAAAUGAGCCCGUGGGGGCGGCAGCAGGACACCCAGGCCUGAGGGAUGGUCAGCAGUCUGUUUUGUGCCUGAGGCAGUGCCCAGUGUGGGCUCGUGGGACCAGUCCGCCCGGGAUCACAGGAUGUGGGCGUGUGCCCUAACCACAGGUCCUGAGCUGGGCCUGGUGUAUUCACAUCUCUCGCUUCCCAUCCAUUUAGAAAAUGUGAACAUUUUUAGCAUUUGAGCUCCACUUGUAGUGUGUGCUCCUGUGCAGUCCAGCAGUGGAGACACAGGGGGCAGGCGGCUGCUUCCAGAAAGAUAAUCCGCUCAAAUCCGUGCAGAUGUCUGGACUGAGCAGGAAGAGCGACGUUUGUUUGGUUUGUUACCUGCCCCCCAACUCCAAACAAGUUUCUGUUUUGGAGGGAAGUUUCUGGGGGGCCGGUAACAGCAUGAGCAAAGCUUUCAUGGAAACAAGGUUCCCAUGGGUAGCAUUGUCCUCUAAACUGCCUAACAGCAGGUGAAGUUGUAUAUGUACAUGUGCCUUGGGAUAAUGUAUCUGCAUUCUUACCAUUCAGGUUUAAAAAAAAAAGGGUGGGCGGGCAAAUCUACGGCCUUUACUCUGUGAGAACGGCCAGUCUGCAGCGUUAGGGACUGGGUGAUGCUGUGUGUGUGAUUGUCAUGACACUUGUAUGUUCAGGAUGUGACCCUAUUUCUAUCUCAUGUCAUUCAGAUGAGCCAAGGCACCUCUUGGGGGCACGGGUGUGUCUGCCACAGGCUGCCCCUGAAUCACACACCUGCAUCCUGUGCACAUCCCCGUGUACGCAUGUUCCUCAGCGUGGAACACUGAACGGUGUCUCUCAUAACCUACUUGUCACCGUGCCCUGUGACUGUGCCUCCGUCUGCGUCAUACGCUUCGGUUCCGACCUCCCCGCCACAUGUCACUGAGACCGUAAAAGCCACCGCAGAUGAGUCUGGGAGGGUGUGAGGGGCCGUUUUAACAGGCAGAGAGAUACACUUAGACUAGAAACCAUUCGGUUUGCCUGUAGAUGCGCUGGUUUUACUUCACUCGUUUAGAAAUUAGAAGUUAGGCUGUGCCACGCCUGGCACUGUAGUCCCUGCAGAAGACGUCUUUAGAGCUGGUUGCAGCCAUUUGACUUGUUAGGAAAAUCAUUCCAUACAUGGGCUCCUACCUGGUAUGUGGCACAAAGUUUUCAUUCUCAUGUGAAUAUUUCCUUUCCUGUCGCUUCCUAGGUGGGAAAUACAUGUCCAGGGUGGGCCGGUAGUGGGUUUACAGUUGUUGGUAUGGAAAGUAACACAGCAAUUAGUAAGUCACGCUACAAGAAAACGCUGUUCCAUGUGCUCACAGCUGUAGCCCUCCGCCUGCCCCCCCUGGUGGAGGUCUCCGCCUUCCCCUGUGUGUCUGUCACCCAAACCAGCAGGCAUGCGCUCUGCUCCAGAGAAAGCGGUUGGUGUGGUUUUAGCUGAGUGACAUUGCACCAUUAUUUCAUUUCCAUGGUCAGCCCCCGAGCCCCCACUGCUCACUCAGCUGUUUGAAUCUGUGAACGUGCCUGGCCGGGUACUUUUCGGAGCGUGGGCUCUGCCGGCCGCGAUCCUGUGCGAACUCGGUGGGUCACAACCUCUGUCACCUGGACAUGGAGGCGCUGUGUUCGGGCGAAGCCUCUGUCUCCCCCAGGAUGUCACAGGUGGCGGCUGCUCUGUCCGCCCAGCAGCCGAGACCACUGUCGCACGAGACAGGCGGCCACAGGGCUGUGAUCCCACGGGUGGCUCCUCAGAGACAUGCGCUCACUCGCUGCUCACGCAGACCAGACGGCUGGUGCGCGGGGGACUCGGGCUGAGCGUGGCCUCAGAGCACAGCUGGCUGUGAGGUGGUCACCUGUCUCCUAAUCCCCAGCGGUUUCCUCCCAGCCCUGCUGGCCUGGAGCGUGGGAACCUGCCGGAGUGCUAGCUCUCGGGGGGGAGGGCCCAGCUGCGAGCCUGCCUCGCCGGGACCUGCCCGUGUCCGGCACAGAGCAUGCGUGUUGGACCCCGUGGAUUUCACGUUUCCUGUGUUUCUCAUCGUCUGUGCUCCUCACACUUCACGGCCGCACAAGCGAUGCUGCUCUGCUUCCUGCUGAGAUCCUUGGCGAUGAGAGAAGGAAACCAUGGCCCCGCCAUUGCCUCCCCAAGCGCCUGCUUACACGGGGGCAGUACCACUCUGCCUGGCCCGCCUCGGUCCCUGCUGACCUGUGUCUGCCUCGGUCCCUGCCACGGUCCCUGCCAUGGUCCCUGCUGACCUGUGUCCGCCUCAGUUCCUGCCAUGGUCCCUGCUGAACUGUGUCCGCCUCGGUCCCUGCCACGGUCCCUGCUGACCUGUGUCCGCCUCAGUCCCUGCCAUGGUCCCUGCUGAACUGUGUCCGCCUCGGUCCCUGCCACGGUCCCUGCUGAACUGUGUCCGCCUCGGUCCCUGCCAUGCGCCAGGCGCAGGCCGCUGAGAAGACAGCACAGCAGCCUCGUGGGCUCCCAGCCUCGUGGGCGGCGCUGGUGGGACCAGCUCAGCGCUGAGCCUGCCUGUGUCCCACUGUGUCACUUUUGUUUUCAUCGAUAACCUGUGGUCAUGCAUUUCCUCACCUGGACCUUAGGAGAUCCGUCAGGACACCUGUCUUCCUGCGAGCUUGUCGCCAGCCCCGAGGGCGCCGCUGCUGGGGUGGGGCCGUGUGCUGCACUGUCCCCAGGUUGCUGGCCACACCCUGUCCCAUGCACAUGGGGGCCCUUCGGCAGCUCACGCCGCCGUCCACACCCCCCUCAAAGCCUGUGGAGACACGUCCGAACGAAUGCUGUUGAAAGCCGUGUAAAUAGUGGGAAAUAGAAAUUUCUAUUACAGUUUAAGAAAACCUGAUGAAUCAUCACUAGCCACUGUUAAUAUCUAUUUGUAUUCUUAUACCUUUUCAACAUAUUUGAACAAAUAUAUAGUUUCUGGCACUAUUUUUGUACUAGGAUAACGGAGGUACUGUGUAUAUUGUGUUUAGCGGUUAAGUCCACUUGAAUAACUGUGGGUGUUGAUUUCUCAUCUUCCCCUCCCCCACCCCCACCUCCACCGGGAGAAGCAUUUCAGAGGCACGUCCUCGGGGACCAGCCCUACAGGCCACAGUCAGGGUUGCCCCCAGAGGGCGGCUCCUCACUGUGCGUUGUUCCCUCGUGUUGCCACGCUUUGUAAAAAUAAAAGAAAGAAUGAGCAGCCA